AUGGCGUCGUCAGCCUCGAUUGUGCCGUCUCUCGAGACCGCCAGCGAUGUGGUCUCCCGAUCGAGAAACACGAAAUACGCCCCGAAUCUACUUCCGCUUACUGCUUCGAUCCCGGCAGAUCUCUUGACUCCUACAGUCGCGUAUCUGAAGAUUUCGGAAAAAUCGAAAUUAUCGUUCCUUUACGAGAGUGCUGCGACAACGGAGACAAUUGGGAGAUACAGUUUCGUGGGAGCAGAUCCCCACAAAAUCCUCAAAACUGGCCCCGGCCAUGGCCCUGAAUGCGACCCUCUUCCUAUCCUGGAGAAGGAACUUGCCCAGUUCCGUGUUGCGACUGUUCCUGGGUUGACGCUGCCACCCCUCACUGGCGGGGCUAUCGGGUACGUGGGGUACGACUGUGUUCGAUACUUUGAGCCCAAGACGGCACGGCCGAUGAAGGAUGUGCUUCAAAUCCCUGAAGCGUUGUUCAUGCUGUUCAAUACUAUCAUCGCGUUUGACCAUUUCUACCAGGUGGUCAAGGUUAUCACAUACAUCCCCAUCCCGAGCACCGAUUCUGAAUUGGAAGCCGAAUACCGUAAGGGUCAGGAAACUAUCCAGAGCGCUAUCGACAAACUUCUUCGGCCCGGCGUCCCCUUGCCUCCCCAGGGCCCGAUUGUGCCGAACCAGGAAUACACAUCCAACAUUGGCCGGGAAGGUUACGAGCGCCACGUGACACGACUCAAGGAGCAUAUCUCCAAGGGUGACAUUUUCCAGACUGUGCCAUCGCAGCGUCUGUCGCGUCCUACCUCUCUACACCCUUUCAACCUCUUCCGUCACCUGCGUACCGUUAACCCGUCCCCGUACCUCUUCUAUAUCGACUGUGAGGACUUCCAGUUGGUCGGUGCCAGUCCAGAGCUGUUGGCCAAGGAGGAGAAGGGUCGUAUCAUCACCCACCCCAUUGCGGGAACCGUCAAGCGCGGUAAGUCGCCCGAGGAGGAUGAGGCGCUGGCGAACGAGCUGCGGAGUAGUCUGAAGGACCGAGCGGAGCAUGUCAUGUUGGUUGACCUGGCACGUAACGACGUCAACCGGGUGUGUGACCCCAUCACCACUCAAGUCGACCGAUUGAUGGUCGUAGAGAAGUUCUCGCACGUCCAGCAUCUGGUGUCUCAGGUGUCUGGUAUUCUUCGCCCCGAGAAGACUCGGUUCGAUGCGUUCCGGUCGAUUUUCCCGGCUGGCACUGUGUCCGGAGCACCCAAGGUGCGCGCGAUGUCGCUGAUUGCUGAGCUUGAGGGUGAGAAGCGCGGAGUGUACGCCGGUGCAGUUGGAUACUUUGGGUUCAACAUUGCCAGCGCGGACGGUGCGACAGAACUGCCAGGAGCGAUGGACACAUGCAUUGCCCUCCGAACCAUGAUGGUCAAGGACGGAGUAGCCUACUUGCAAGCCGGAGGAGGUAUUGUGUUCGACUCGGACCCGUACGACGAAUACGUGGAGACGCUGAACAAGCUGGGGGCCAACGUCCAGUGCAUCAAGGGAGCGGAGGCGAAGUACCUGAGUUUGGAGAAGGAGGGUAACUGA